CACUGACUUUCGAGUCUGCGUUCAACUGGCGAUCGCUUGCUUGGUGUCGCUCUUCAUCUUCAACUCUGUCUGUGUGUUUGUUUCCAGAGUCAGUCUCUCUCUCUCCAAACACGACGGCUGCGCUUUGGUUGCUGCUCCAGACAGCGCGAACUGGGACCACUUUGACACUGCGCUGCGCUCAAGCUGCUGCUGCUGCAUCAGGACACGUCGUCCACUCGACUCGACCUCACCCAAGCCGAUACUCGCAACGGUUGCGCUCAAUCACCACAAUGGCAAGCCCUGCUUCUGCCGGGGGUAGCUCUUCGUCGAGCUCACCACAAGACCUGAUCAACACCCAGCCCGAGCAACUGGCAGAGACCAUCCGCAGGUCGGUGGCUACCGCGCGUGCUGCAGGAUCGUUGUUCUCCAUUGAUGCUCGAUCCAGCAUUCACGUUCAGGAGGGCGUUCAGUUCAUCAUUCGAGUGUCGAACGCGUUAGACAAGAAGAAAGCAGAAGACAAACGAACAGAGGAAAAGCAGUCCCCAAAAGACCCCUUUAUGGCCCCAUUCGAGCCAGGCAUGUUUGUGGGACGCUUGUCAGACACCCACAGCGCAGUGCUCAACAAGUUCAACAUUGUCGAAAACCACACAUUGGUCAUUACACGCGAUUUUGUGCCACAGGGCACGCCAUUGACGCUUGCUGAUAUGACCUCGACACUACAGGUUGUUGAUGCGCUGGACGGGUUUGGCUUUUACAACUGUGGUCCGCUCUCCGGGGCAAGCCAACCGCACAAGCACACGCAAGUCUUUCCGCGCAACACUCCGGGCAUUGGCUCCAAUGUUCCAAUUGAGGCGGCUCUUCCGCCUCGACUGGCGAACGAAGCUUCGCAGACGGUGCAUCACAUCCCCGCAUUCUCUCGCGCGUUUCGGCACGCCUUUGUGUGGCUGACUCCCAGCAAGGGAGUAUCAGCUUCCGGAACGGCGGCGCACGCACACAACUCGGUCCAACGCGCCCAAGACCUGCACGCUGCAUACUUGAAAGCGUUGGACUACCUCGAGAUCCCGGCCAACCACCCGCACGAGCCAGCCGAUGCAGCGCCGUCGUACAACGUGCUCUUCACUGCUGAAUGGCUCUUGGUUGUCCCUCGAGCUGCGGACAGCCACGACGGAAUCGGCUGCAACGCCGUUGGAUUUACCGGUUCACUGUUCGUUCGCACGCCAGAAGAUGCUGCCAAGCUUGAGGUGUUGACGCCGCUUGGGUUGUUGGCAGCUGUCGGCUUCAAGACUCUCUCGUAGUUGUAGCUGUGCAAGAAUUCACCUGUUGUUGUCUAGCAUUUCAAACUUCUUCUUUUUUUUUCUGUGUGUCUCCCAUUCAACUGCCUUGAAAUGCGUGCACCCAAUCUCCACUUCUUCGUGAGCAACAACAAUGACAAGAGAGGAAAGUUUCCAC